UUCCCUGAAUUUCCAAUCACUACAGCAUAGUCAAAUCAAAGCUCCAGUCUUCAUCUCUCAUAUUUCUCCCCUCCAGCUACUUGGGUCCUCUGGCUUUGAGGACAGCAGAGUCCUGGUAAUCAUUUCCUGUUACAACUGUUCUGCUAUUCAAAGUCUUAAGCUUGAAGUUCAUAGUUCAUUUCAGCUUUUAAGUUUGGUUCAAUUUUACAAUUGUGUCACUCUGUAGUGCCUAGUAUAGAUUGAAGCGAUGUUGUGUGAAACUUGUUUGUUGAGUUGAACAUGGAAUUGUCAAAUGGGCAAGUGGUGUUCUCUAAUUUUCAGAGGAAUGGGGUUUUGGGUACGAAUUGUAGCCAAAAGCCAUUUCCUUUAUCUGGGUUUUCGAUUUGUGGGAGACCCUUUUUCGGUAUUGGCUUAAAUGAGAAGAAUGUGAAGAGGAGCCGGGUUUCUGGUGUUAGAACAGUGAACCGUGGAAGUGUUGUUAGUGCUUUGGCGAAGGAAGGGACUGAUAACCGGUCAAUUGGUAGUGAAAUUCUUGAGAAAGAUUUUGAAUUUAAGCCGUCGUUCGAUCAAUGCUUGAAGGUUAUGGGGUCUGUUAAGCUUAGAAGUAACAAAGAUAAGACGAGUAGGCCAAAAGAAGAGAAUUUGAAGCAUAAUGUGAGGAGCAAAGAUGUUCGGAGAAGACAUUCUUCUGAGGCAGAUGAAGAGAAUUUAAAGUGGGGGGAGUCUGGAAGGCAUUUGGAUAAAAGGAAUGUGUCAAAAGUUGCGAAACUAUAUGAAAAUGCAAAUGGAUCCAUGGAACAAAGCAAAAGGCCACGAGUUAGAGGGUACAAGGAUGAAUAUGAUAGCAGGCAGAGAAACAUGGAUGAAAAGGAAAAGAUGAAGAUAAGGGGAGAUCCAAGAGAUGCAAAAUGGUCAAGAUAUACUGGUAGACUAGAACAAGAAUUGGACUUCAACUCGGAUAAGAGUGUAGUGGCACGAAAUGCUAAAGAAAACCUGAGAGAUUACAAGUCAACUGGUCAAGACUUCGAGAGAAGGAAAAGUGGUGUUAGAAGUGAAGAUGGACAUGAGAGGUACCGCAUCAGUGCUGAGAAAGCCACUAAUUAUAGAAGUUUCUCUCCUAGAAGUGGAAAUUCAACCAAGGGGGAAAGGGAUUACCCUAGAAAAGACUAUGAUGAAAGAGCUGCGUUUAAGAAUUAUGAUGAAUGCAAUGAUAUUAUGGACAAACCAAGAGUUUCACAAAUGCAAAUGGAGGAGAGAAUCCAGAAGCUAGCAAAGUCGCUGAAUGGUGCAAAUAUCGACAUCCCUGAGUGGAUGUUUUCGAAGAUGAUGCGAAGUGCACAAAUCAUAUUCACAGAUCAUUCGAUACUUAGAGUUAUUCAGAUAUUAGGAAAGUUCGGAAACUGGAGACGAGUGUUACAAGUCAUCGAGUGGCUUCAAAUGCGUGAGCGCUUCAAAUCUCACAAGCUCAGAUACAUAUAUACAACUGCACUCGAUGUACUUGGAAAGGCAAGGAGACCUGUGGAGGCAUUUAAUGUGUUUCAAGUAAUGCUGCAACAACUGUCCUCAUAUCCUGACUUGGUGGCUUAUCAUUCCAUUGCCAUUACUCUUGGACAAGCGGGUCACAUCAAAGAACUGUUUGAUGUGAUUGAUACUAUGCGAUCUCCUCCCAAGAAGAAGUUCAAGACUGGAACACUUGGGAAGUGGGAUCCUCGGUUGGAACCAGAUGUCACUGUCUACAAUGCAGUAUUAAAUGCUUGUGUUCAGCGGAAACAAUGGGAAGGAGCAUUUUGGGUUUUGGAGCAGUUAAAGAAACAAGGUGUGCAGCCUGCCACUACAACAUAUGGACUUGUCAUGGAGGUGAUGUUUGCAUGUGGCAAGUACAAUUUGGUUCACGAGUUUUUUAAGAAGAUGCAGAAAUCUUCAAUACCAAAUGCUUUAACUUACAGAGUUAUUGUGAAUACUCUUUGGAGAGAAGAAAAAAUAGAUGAGGCUGUGCAGACUGUUCGUGAUAUGGAAAGACGAGGAAUAGUUGGUUCUGCAGCUCUUUAUUAUGAUUUCGCUCGAUGUCUUUGUAGUGGUGGAAGGUGUCAAGAAGCACUAAUGCAGAUUGAGAAGAUAUGUAAGGUUGCGAAUAAACCUCUAGUAGUGACUUACACUGGUUUAAUUCAAGCUUGUUUGGAUGCUGGAAGCAUUGAAAAUGGUGCAUAUGUCUUCAACCAAAUGGAGAACUUCUGCUCCCCAAAUCUGGUCACUUGCAACAUAAUGUUGAAAGGCUACCUGGAUCAUGGGAUGUAUGAAGAAGCAAAAAUGCUGUUCCAAAAGAUGUUGGAAGAUGGGUUCAACAGCAAAUCUGGUUAUGAGAUCAGGGUGACACCAGAUAUCUAUACAUUCAACACUUUGUUAGAAGCAUGCAUCACAGAUCAAAGGUGGGAUGAUUUUGAGUCUUUCUACAAAAGGAUGCUGCAAAGUGGAUAUAACUUCAAUAUUAAACGACAUCUUCGGAUGAUAUUGGAUGCUUGCAGAGCAGGAAAGGAUGAGCUGCUGGAUAUAACCUGGGUGCACUUGACCGAGGCAGACCGAAUUCCAACCCCUUCUCUCAUCAAGGAAAGGUUUUGCAAAAAGCUGGAGGAAGGUAACUAUCAUGUUGCUAUCUCCUGCAUUGCCAAAACAAAUCCCGAUGAUCUGCAGGCAUUCUCAAAGACAGCGUGGCUGAAUUUGUUCAAGGAAAAUGCAGAAAGGUUUCACAAAGACACUCUUGUGCAGUUGGUUCGUGAGGUUAGCAUUCUUACUGCCAAAAGUGAUGAGGCUAACCCUGUAUUUGAAAAUCUUAUGUUGUGUUGUAGAGAACUUGAUAGAACUAGUGUGAGGACAGGUGACUUUAAACCAAAUGAAAGUGUAUAUACUGUUCAAACUGAACCAGCUUAUUAUUCUUAG